AUGGAGAACUUAGUCGAUGACUCUUAUGUUGCACGUGGCCUAGGUUUGAUAACUGCAACUGUUGGACGUCAAUCAGAAUUUUACUUGUACUCAAAAUAUGAUAAUAGUUUUGAAAACAUCGUAAUUAGGCUCAAUGGACGGAACGGUGAAAUUGGUCAAAUCACAAUAUUAAGCAAAAACCCUACAAAUAUUGUUGAACCGAAAUCAAUUCCCAUGGAUUAUAUUUAUGAUAAAGAUCGAAUCAAAGUUACUUACACACCAUUCGCAGAAGGAGUGUAUACAUUAACUCUAGUACGAAACACUUUAUCCAUUUGCCGCUCUCCAUACUACAUAUCGGUAGAAAAAAGCCCGACAAAUUCUAGAUCUCAAAUUCGGUUAGGUACAAAGAAAUAUAAACCAGUAACUAAGUUUGCUAAAUCUAAACAUUCAACUCUUGAAACAUGUGACAAUAGUAUAAAUGUUAUUGAACCCAGCAAACCAUCUAUUUGUGAAAAUAUUCUUCCAGAAUCUGAAAAAAACUCUAUACGAACAGACGUUAUGUCUAUAGUAACAAAAUUUGAAUCAAAUAGUAUACAUUUUCAAAAAAGGGUUCAUAAAAGUACAUCUAGCAUAUCCGAAAAAGGUUCGGAAACUGAUAUGAUUAAUGAAAUUCCAAAGUAUUCGAAUAUUCCACCAAUAAUUGAAACCGAAAACGUCCAUGAUAAUUAUGUCAGUGAUUUAAAUUCACCUAGCAUUCAUUCAAAAACAAAAUCCACUGACAAAAACUUUUGGAAUGACAUAGAUAUUACCUAUAAAAAUAGUAAAUCAAGUGAUAUAAAUACUAUAGAUUUUGAAAGUGAGCGAAUAAAGAAGCCCAUUGCAAAGAUCAAUAAACAUUUUGAAAUUACAAAAGAUAUACCUGAGGUAAAAAAUAUAUCAUCAACUCGCUUACAACCUACAAACAGUGUAUUGGUGGAAAGUUUAAAAAUUGAGAAUUUACAUGACGUAGAAAAACACAAUCAAACGAUUAAAACAAUUGAGCUUAUGGACGAAAACAAACUGAUUGAAAAACGUUUAGACCCUACCACUAGAAUAUAUGAAUCCGAAAUCAAAUGCAUAGACAACGAGCCAUGUAUACAAAAUGAAGUAUCGUGUUUUGAUGAUGAAGACAGAAAAACUGUAGUUGUAAUGGAUAGUAACGAUAUAGAAUCAAAUCCAAAUGAUACUGUGAUUCAACAAAUUACUGAUUCGGCACAAUACAAUAUCAACACUCCUUUUGCAAGUGUUAUUACAAAAAUAACUAAUAGUAUUUGUGAAAAAUGUUCUAUACAAGUGUUAAAAAUAAUUUCCGAGUUUCCUAGGGAUAUAAACAUAACACAUAAAAACAAUUCAAAUGAAAUGCGUUCGAGCUUUGAAACUCUUCUUGCACAGCCAAUUAGCAUUAAUAUUAAUAUAGAUAAUAUGUUUGAACAACCCAUUAGUGCCAAAAAUGAACAUGAUAGUGAACAUUUACUGACUAUUAAUCCAACAAAAAUAAAACACAUUGGUACAAUCGAUAAAGACAUAAAAUGUAGUUAUUUAAAUGAAAUUGAACCAAUCGAUAAUAAUUCUGAUGAAGUAUGUAGUAAUAUCAAUAACAUGUCUAAAGAAUUAAUGAUAAAACAAAAUAAACACAAUAGUAAAAUAGAUGAAAUUAUUAAAGAUGAAAUAUCCGAUCAUUGUAUCGUACCAUUUGCCGAACAUAAUACAGCUGAUAAUCUCAAUACAGUACGCAAAAACAACGAAUUGUCUACAAAUGAAAUAAUGAAAAUAAAAUAUUCAACAACUAAUGAAGAUAAUGUAUUACACUCCAAUCAAUUGAAUAAUAACACCAUUCAUAAAUCAGAUAAUAAAAUGGAAAUACAAAGACGACAUUUACAGAAAUCCUCAGAACAUAGUAUCGACUUAAAUAAAACAAACCAGUUUCAUGAAAAUAUCAACAAAGAAUUGAAUCAUAUAAGUAAAGAAAGUGACAAACCUUUAGCCACAAGUGAUUUAGUAACAAUUAAUUAUGAUAAAAACCCAAAUUGUGAAUUCAACUUCAAUAACGCUAUCAUCCCGGAUGUAAAUACAAAUAUUCAAAGUUCUGUAAUAAAUAACAUAGUAUUAGCGUCAAAGGAAGUUACAUUAGCGACUACAGAAUAUAAAUCAGAAGAUAAUGAAGAACAGACAAAUAAUAUAUCUUAUAAAAAUGUUGCAUUAACUUCGAUCCAAAAUGAAAACCAAAAAUUAAUGAUUGAAAAGUCAAUUGAACCUGUUUUAAAUAGUUUCAAAAACAAAAUGGUUGAAAAAAUUACACAAUUAUAUUUAAAUAGGGAUUUAUCAAAUACAGAUAAUACUUCAACUUUUGAAACCCACGAUAAACAUCCAACAAAUAAUUUACAUGAACUUCAAAUUAAUAACAACGCUAAUAAUACAGAAUUAAAUACUAAAUGUAAUGAAACACUCACGUCACAGUUAAAAAAUGUUAUUGACAAAAAUGAAAUAUCAGAAAUAAUAUUAGACCAACAAAAAACGGAUAAUAACCAUCUACUUAAAUAUGUUGAAAAUAUAAUAAAAACAAAAAUAAAUCCAAGUGGUUUGUAUGCGCAUACAUUAGGUGAAAUAAAACUUCACACACUUGUAAAUACAGCCAUGAAUCACCCAAAUGAUCAACAAAUUGACAAAGAGCUUAAAAACACGAUAAUAGACAACGAUACCCAAGAUGACAAGUUAAAGAAAAUUAAUAAUGAUGAAAUAGUACAAGAUAUAGAGGCCAUGUUGGUUGAAACACCAAGUGUUACAAUAAUUAAAAAUACAGAUGAACUAAAAUUACCUAAAAACGAAGAAACAGUUACAACUCAAUGUAAAAUUCCAUUAACAAAUGACUUUGAUACUAUAGAGAUAGAAAAUAUAAACACAAAUAGCAAACAAGAAAUGCAAACAAUCAAUGUAAAUGAAAAUGAUACAAUUGUAGAAACUAACGCCGUGGAAAUAAAAACGGUUGCAAACUUUCAAAAAUCACACAACACAGAAAUGAUUACUCCAAUCAUAGAACUUCGGCCAACAUUAGAAACACGAAUAAUGAAUACUUCAGAGCUUGUAACAGUAGAAGAAAAUAGUUCAAAAGAAAUUCAAACUACAAUAGAAAUCAUUGACUCAAUUAAUAUACCCGAAGAAACUAAUGCAGUAGAAAAUAUAGACGAUAAGAAUGAAUACGAAUCAGUAAAAUUACAGUUUAAGGAAAAUGUAAUAAAAAUACCACAUUUGGUCGAAGAAGAAACUUUAAAUGAAGUCGUAGCAAAUAGAAGUACGAAUAUAUCUACAAAUUCAACAGAAAGUGCAUCAAUGCAAGCCGAAAUCGAAUUGCCGAGGUUAACAAAAGUAUAUAGUGCUAAUGGUGUAACUAUAGAAAGAGAUAUUAUAUAUAAAUUACCACCAACAGCUGAGAAUAUUGUCAUUGAUAAACCUAAUUCAGAAAGCAUUCCAACACUUAAUACACAAGUUUCAAAAAAUGCGGAAAAAGUAACAAUAGGAAUAAAUACAUCAGACCCACAGAUCUCAAAUACAGCUAUAACAGUAUUAAUACCAUCAAAAAUACCAUUAAUUGAAAAUAAUUCAUUUAUUCCAAAACUAAGGAUAUUAAGUACCUUAAAUAAGUUAGAUGCAAUAGAAAUAUUAACAAUACCUAAAUAG